CUGCGAAUAAGGCGGGAAGGUUUGCUUCGUCUUUGGGGACUGCAGUUGGAUCAGUUAAGCGGAAUAGGCCGCAGAAUUAAGACGCCUUCGCUCGCAGAGGAAACGUCUCAUGAAAGGUUCACUCCACACCGGAAGGAGAGCACACAGUUUUCUUGCACGCAAUUGUUAUUGCUCGACCAAGGGAAGUGAAAGAAGCAAAAAAUAUUCCAAUAGAUCGUUCUUUGUGUUAUUUCUGCUCCAGUACGGUCCUCACUAAGUAACGACAUGUUCGAGAAGUUGAUUAUUUAGCGACCGAUUCAGUUUUUGUCGAUUCGCUGGCAAUCAUUUUUCAUGUUCUUUUCGGCGGUAUCCUUCGCGCAUGGCUGCUCAGAAAAAUUGAUCAUUGCCGAAUAGCAGUUUCUACCUCGGUUCGGUCUUCCAUUGCCUAAUUCUGGGUAAAUCAAUAGUGCAGCGAGUAUUGUGAAACACGCCUGUCUCCCCCAAAUAAUAGGCUUACGGCGUUACGGUUUCUGUAAUUACAUUCACCGGUGAAGUGCUUAUUAGUGCAACAACUGCAAUCUUAAAAAUGAAAUCAGCAAAGAGUGUAAACCGUGUCUGUGAGUUCUUGAGCAGUAGAGUCUCGGCAUCCGGUCCUGUUUGGAGUAUCCAAAUCGGCAGCUACUCAACAUGUCCGCAUGCAGCCAAUGCACUUUCGGCCGAGAGUGCAAUGGAGGAAUUGUCCAAUGCACUCCCCUACAGCGCAGUGCCAGGACCAAAACCGAUUCCCAUACUGGGAAAUGCAUGGAGACUUUUCCCGGUAAUUGGUCAUUACGCGAUAUCAGACGUGGCUAAGAUUUCUUAUCAACUCUACGAAGAAUACGGACGAAUUGCAAAACUUGGCGGAUUGAUGGGAAGACCCGACUUACUAUUUGUAUAUGAUGCUGAUGAAAUUGAAAAGUGCUACAGAAACGAAGGCGUCACACCGUUUCGGCCAUCAAUGCCAAGUUUGGUCAAGUACAAAAGUGUGGUGCGGAAAGACUUCUUUGGUGAGCUGCCAGGUGUAGUUGGAGUGCAUGGUGAACAAUGGCGAGAGUUCCGGUCAAGAGUCCAGAAGCCUAUACUUCAACUUUCCACAGUUCGACGAUACUUAGCCCCACUUGAAGAAGUCACGGAAGACUUUUUGGAGCGCUGCCAACAAUUGUUAGACGAAAACAGCGAACUACCGGACGAUUUCGAUAACGAAAUCCACAAGUGGUCACUGGAAUGUAUCGGACGUGUUGCUCUUGAUACACGUCUGGGUUGUUUGGAACCGAAUCUGGCCCCGGACUCGGAGCCCCAGCAAAUUAUCGACGCAGCUAAAUAUGCACUUAGAAAUGUGGCCACGCUAGAACUGAAGGCGCCGUACUGGAGAUACUUCCCAACUCCGCUGUGGACUAGAUAUGUUAAUAACAUGAAUUUCUUCGUUGAUGUAUGCAUGAAAUAUAUCGGAGCUGCAACACAAAGAAUGAAAUCCGGCAGCCGCACUACAAAUGGAGAACCCUCAUUGCUAGAGAAAGUCAUCACCAGCGAGAAAAACGAAAAAAUUGCGACAAUUAUGGCUUUGGAUUUAAUUCUAGUCGGAAUCGAUACUAUAAGUAUGGCCGUUUGCUCCAUUCUGUACCAACUAGCCACCCGUCCAGAAUUGCAGCAUAAAGUUCACGAGGAACUAGUUCGAGUCUUACCUGACCCCAAAACCCCUCUCACAAUCCCCCUGCUGGAUCAAAUGCACUACUUGAGAGCGUUCAUUAAGGAAGUUUUCAGGACAUACAGUACAGUGAUUGGAAAUGGUAGAACACUACAGGAGGACACUUUGAUUUGUGGAUAUCGAAUUCCGAAGGGAAUCCAAGUAGUAUUUCCGACAAUUGUCACUGGCAACAUGGAAGAGUAUGUAACGGAUGCUGCAACAUUCCGACCAGAACGAUGGUUGAAGCCAAAUCAAGGUGGUGUUGAAGGCAAGCUCCACCCAUUUGCAUCACUUCCUUAUGGGUACGGUGCUCGGAUGUGCUUGGGAAGACGCUUUGCCGACUUAGAAAUGCAAAUUUUGCUAGCAAAGCUGCUGAGGAAUUACAAAUUGGAGUUCCAUCACGAGCCAUUGAAAUAUGCGGUCACAUUUAUGUACGCACCGGACGGGCCGCUCAAAUUCAAAAUGCUUAAAAUUUAAGCCAUGUUAUGCUAGUGUUCACAAUUGAGAAGAUCUUGUUUUAUUGGAUAAUAAUUGCAUUAUCUACCAUAGAGGAGACGGAGAAUUAAGUUCGAGUAUCUUUUUCGCAGCAGAUGCUACCAUUCCGCUGGCUAUUUAUGAAUACAAAUUUAAAUGCCAAAAAUUGUAUUAUUUUAUAACUUAUACAGUACAUUGUUAUAUACAUUGAAGAAAAUGAAUAAACAUUCAUCAGACCACCACGAA